GGAAGUAGAGCCAAAUUAUCAUCGCAAUAGAAUUUUUAUGAUAUUUACAAAACUUAUAUGUUGCCCCUGAGAGAUCCAGUUUCAUGAGACUUUGUCAAGAAUGGUGCUAAAGAGUUUUAUAUUAUUAAGUUUAUUUCUAGUUGCGGUAUGUGGGUAUCCUCAAACCACAGUUAAAAUUGGAAUUAUCGUUGAAAGGAGUAGCCUUCGGCAGAACAACGACAAAAUUUGGACUCUCGCUCAAAAUGGCUCUUCUCUUGUUCUGGAGCCGUCCGUUCGAACAGCUAAUUCAUGGGAUUCAAUAGAAGUUAUCCGAGCUAUUUGUGAACUAGUCAAAGAAGGCCCAAACGCCUUGGUGGUCCAUGGACCUCCUUGCCUCAACCCCCUGUUAUCAACGUAUUCGGACCAUCUAUCACUGCCAAUCAUAACUUCCAUGGAUGUAAGGAAAUAUCUCGGGAAGUACCAAGUGAACGUGUUGCCGGACAUUAGUCAAGCAACAGCAGAAUUACUCACGCAGUACAAGUGGGAUUCCUUCGUGUUUCUGUAUGAUAAGGACAAUGGUGCUGACCAACUUCAAAAAGUAUUCCGUUUCAUGGACUCCGUCCCCCAAGUGGAGGCUUUCUGGCGGAUAUCCGACGAAUAUCAAGCAUCUCAGUUCGUCCGAAUGUUGCCUGUACAUGCUGAUCGAAUCCUGUUGGCUGUCUCGGAGAAUCUAGCCGAUAAAUUGGUGAUGGAGCUUAGUUCCUGGAGGAUGUUUCAUUUUAUCCUGAUGAAGCCGGUUGGCAUCGUACAGAGGAAUAGUAACCAGAAUGCCUAUAGUUACACCAAGUUCUCUGUCGUCGAUCCCAUGGAGCCAUUGUUGAAGAUUCUGGAGAGUAGGUGGAAGACGCUGGAUCUGCACCCCAGUCUGGAGCCCGGAGAGAAAGAACUACCGGAUUCCGUCAUUUUGAAUCAUGAUUCAAGCAGCAUUCUUUACAGCAUGUACAGUAAGUUGCUUAGAGAAGGGAAGGACAUUCCCGACGCUCCCAAGCAGGAUUGUUUCAAUCCUGAAGCACAUAUUCCCGACGCCGAUUUAAUCAAAAAGGUGAGAGUUGAGCGUUCCGUAACUGGGAUGAUUAGUUUUGAUGCAACUGGCCAGAGAAAAGAUUAUCGCCUGAAUAUUGUUGAAACAUCAUCGGCUACAAUGAGAAAGGUAGGGACUUGGUCAGAGGGUGAAGGACUGACAUUGACCCCGGAAUUUUCUCGAUCAGUUUCUCCUACUUUCGCUUCAUUUGCUCAGCAAGGACCACCAAUCAUCGUCACUAGCGUUGAAACGUGGCCCUUCUUACGAAGGAAUCGUGAUGGAACUUUCACAGGAUAUGUUUCAGAUUUAAUCGACGAACUGAGAGAUGUCAUGGGGAGAGGGUUUGACCUGCGACUAGUCAAGGAUGGAAAGUAUGGUUACCAGUCAAAUGGAGUUUGGAACGGAAUGAUUGGAGAACUCAUUAGAAGGGAAGCCGAUGUCGCCAUCGCCGAUCUUACAAAGACACUUGUACGAGAAGAAGUCAUCGAUUUCAGCGAAAAUUUCAUGACAGCGGGUCUGAACAUCCUACUCAAGAAACCGGCGGGCCCGGCCGAGUUCACUCACUUUGGCCCCUUCUCGUUCUUGUCGGUGUGGUCUGAGGGAGUGUGGUUGAUGAUUCUGCUUGCAACAGGUGUGUUCUCGGCCCUAUGCUUCGCCAUGAGUCGUUUCACUGGAGCCCCAGACAGAGUCCGAGCUCUGGAGACGAAAGGAACGGACAACUUGUCACCCUGUGGAAGCGCCUGGUUCACUGUUGGGUCGCUCCUAUUCCGAGGAACUGGGAUUUACCCACGCACGAUUUCACAUCGUUUAUGGGCUCUUGUAUGGUGGGCUUUUUGCCUCUUCUUGCUCCUAAUGUACAUCGCUUCGCUCAGCUCGGAAUUAGUCCGAACGCGGAAGAGCAUUACCACGAUACGUUCAAAGAAAUCAUCUCAGGAAUUACUGAAGGAACUCCUUGAUAAUGGAUAUCCAGCUAUUGGUACCCUACAAAGCGGAUCAACGGUCAGCUUCUUUUUGAAAUCAGAGAUAGGACUGUAUCGGGACUUCGGUCGCUACCUCACCGAAAAUCCAGACGUGAUGACGAAAAAUUAUGACGAAGGAGCACAAAGAGUCCGCAAUUCUGGGGGAUCCUACGCCUUUGUCAUGGAAUCUUCCAGCAGCGAAUUGUGGGCAGACUCGGAACCCUGUGAUAUUCUCGUCACUUCCGGAUUCCUGAAUACUAUGAACUAUGCAGUAGCCCUGCAGAAGAACUCCUCUCUCAAGGAGAAAUUUGACGAAGCUAUCAUCACUCUGACAGAAAAAGGCACGCUCAGGAAACUGUAUGAAAAAUGGUGGCACAACGCAACUGGCUGUGAAGACCCAAACCUCGAUAUUUUACCUAGAGUUUACAGUACUUCGAUGACGCUGCAUGAAGUAUCAGGACUGUUUUAUCUGCUUAUUUUAUUUGCACUGUUAUCAGCAGCAACAGCAGCUGUAGAACAUUACAUAAGAACAAAGCGUGUGACUAUAGAGUGAAAUGCACAUCAGAAACAGAAGAAAAUAUAUUUAUUGAAUAGUUCCUGUUACUUGUAUGUUCAUAUUUUAGAGGUUAAAGCUAAGCUGUAUUUGUAUUAUCUAUACUGUAAAUAUUUGUGAUGGUUUUACCAAGACUUGAUUACGCAUGAGUUUA